ACCAUUUUUAUCUACACUGUCCUUUCCUUUUCACUUGCCACUACAAAUUCUACCACCCUUCCCAUGAAAUCUCCUAUAUAAUAUCUUCUUUCUCCAUUCCUCAGCCUCUCCUCUCCAUCAGUUUCACCUCCAUCCCAAUUCUCCAACAUGGUUGGAUGUACAAAACGUUUGCAGAAGAGGAAAGUGGAGUGGUUGAGAAGCUUAUUACGCGUAAAAUUCUUUACAAUUUGUGAUGAUCAUAAGGAUCUCAGGAAGAAUGAGAAGAAUUUGUUUUGUAUUGAUUGCAAUAUGUGUUUCUGCAAGCACUGUGUCUGUACUAGCUCUCACUGCAGCAGCUUUCAUCGACGUCUCCAAAUCUGCAGAUAUGUUUAUCAUGAUGUUGUUCGUCUCCAAGAAAUUCAGAAAUUUUUUGAUUGUUCCAAGAUCCAAACGUAUAAAAUCAACGGUGAAAUGGCUAUACACUUGAAUCCGCGCCCUCAAUUGAAAGAUGUGAAAGCAGCAAAAUUAAGGAAUGGUGCUCAAUGUCAAGGAUGUGGAAGGCACAUUCAUGACUUCCCUAAUCAGUUCUGCUCUAUUGCCUGCAAAGUAAAUAUUUUGAACAGAAUGUCUGAAGGCGAGGAACAUGAUAUGAUUUCCAUACCCCUUGAUGAAUUCGACGCUGUUUCUUGGAAAGACAACUAUGAUCAGAGCGAGUAUAGAGACGACAAUGAAUCGUCUCUUUCCCCAACAGAUCAGUCAUCUGAGGUAAUACAAUGCAGCUGGUUAAGCUCAGCAUCAAAGCCUAAGAAACUAGUGCACAAAAGGAAAGGUGUUCCCAGAAGAGCUCCCCUCUCUUAGUGCCUAAAAGGGUCAUUUUCCUAGGAUUGUGAUCUUCUAUAUUUGGCUACAUUGAGGUAUAUUACAAUAAAAGAAAAGGUAAAGAAAAGGUCAAAAGUAAAAUUUGUAAGUUUUUGCUAUACAACUAUAGUAGUAUAUACAAAUGAAAUGUUUAAUGAAGUCAAUUCAUUCUCAAAGUAGGCCACAUUUUUUGGGAUUAAGUUGGGUUAGUUGAAGUGUGCUCCCCACCCCAGUGUGAUUGUAUAGCAUUUGGGUAUUGGUAUUGGCUGCAGAAUUCUUGUUUCUGUGA